CCCUGGGGGGGGGGGGUUCCCAAAGUCCGGGGGGUAUCGAUGUCCUGGCUGGGAUCCCAAUGUCCAGAGGGCCAGCAGUGUCCUGAGGCUGCUGAUUCCCGGCAGGGCACCAAUUCCCCUGCGGGUUCCGAUGCCUUUGGAGUGUGACAAGCCAGCCCGUGGCCCCCCAGGCGAGGUGUCACCUCCACCUCCACACAGCCACAUCAACACCAACCGUUCCUCCGAGCCGCUCCCGCCUGGAAAAUCCCCCUUUUCCCCGUCGCCGCCAUCCCGGCAGCGUGCCGACAGCCGCCGAGCCCCUUCCCGCUCGCUCCAAAGGCAGCUCCUGCUUUUUGGAAGGCUCCUCACGGCAGGCAGCGUUGUCAGCGCUUCCCAGCGCCCCCCAAACUCCCCCCCGGGAAGAGAUUCCAAUCAUCCCGAGCUGCUGGAGCUGCUGCCGCGGCACGCUCAGGAUGCUGAGCUGGCUCGCAGCGCCCGAGGCAAGGCGGAUGCUCAAUCCGAGCCCAAAUCCCAUCCCUGGGAUCUCACGGCCUCCAGAGGCAGUCACGGCUCUGAGGGAGCCCCGUAUCCGUGGGGGUCACACCCCCUGGAUAACAGGACCUUUCCUAGAGGUACCCUGGGAUGUUUGGGGUGAAUCCCAAAUUUCAGGUUGAUUUAGGGGGAUUGAGGACCCUCCAGUGAGUCCUGUAGGAGCAGGCCUGGGAAUUGCACCCCUUUUCCAGGGAAUUUUCAAAGCCAAAAUGGGUGGGGGGCAGCUGCGGGACCCCCAUGUGGGAUAUCCCAACCGGGCCUGCUCCCACCAGGAUCAGCAGGACCCCUGGGAUAACCGGGGUGGGAACAAGUGGUGGCUACAGGGAGCACCCAGGUGCUGAGAUCCUGCUCGAGGCUUGGAGACUGGAGCAUCCAUGGAUGGUGGAACAGGACGGGAUGGGAAGUUCCAUCCGUGUCUCCUUCUAGCAGGAACACCGCGGGGUCAGUGGAAAACAGCUGCCUCAUUAGCAUGCCUGACCUGGAUUCGGAGCGAUUAAUUAGGGCACAAUCAAUCAACGCCUCUGCCCUCCCCAGCUCCUGCACCGCUGGUGCCCCAUGGGCCCUUGCAGGGGUGUAGGGUGUCCCUGGAAUGCCAGAACCCGGGAUGUGCCUGGAUAAAACCUUCCCCCAUCCCAUUCCUGGUGAUUUAGGGGAUGCCAGGAUGGGCAUCAACUCCUCUGCAGCCCCGGGGGGCUCGGGGACCCCCAGCUCUCCCUGGGCACUGGAUAUAUUCACCACCUCCCUUUCCCAGAGCUGUGGACAUCCUGGGAUUUGGCGGGAGCUGCACCCCACAAGUUUCUCAGCCCUUUCCCCUCGUGCUUGGCGGGACCCGGGGAGGCAACGGAGCCUUCAAACAGGGCCCAGAGGUGACGUCAAAAAACCACAGAGGGAGGAAAAACAGCCGGUUCCUGCCCGGGCCCCCUCCCUCGCCUGCUCCCGGCCGGGCAGCGGAGGCGGCGGAGCCUCCGGAGCCCCCCGUGCCCCCCAUCCCGCCACCGGAGCCCAUGGCAACCCGGCUGCCCAUCCUGUGCCUCCUGCUGGGAAUGUGGGCCGUCCCUGACCGUGGAGCAGCCACCUGGAUCCCUAGAGAGGCCCCCCUGAGACUCACCAGAGGCGGCUGCCGCUGCACUGGGAUACUGGAGGUGAACUGGGAAAACCAAUGGAGGCAAAUUUGCUGGGAGAGCGUGAGUGUGGACGACCUGGAUUGGAUCUGCCAGCGGCUGGAGUGUGGCCCCCUCUCCUCUGAGCCCCUGGAGCUCAUCAUUCCCACUGGGAAGGGGCCGCUCAGGCAGGCCAGGAGGUGCUGGAGGCCACCGCAGCUGCUGGGAUGCCACUGGGAGCUGGAGAACUGCACGGCACACGUUAUUGUCUCCUGCAGAGAGGCGGUGAAAACCACUCCCAAGCCCCCACCGGCGCCCCCAGCCACCACCCCAGAGCCCACAGGACCCCCCCGGCUGCGGCUGGUGGACGGCAAUUUCAGCUGCUCCGGCUUCCUGGAGCUGCACAAGCAGGGGCUGUGGGGGGCCGUGGCGAGCGUCCCGCACAUCUGGCCACACCUGGCCACCCUCAUCUGCCGGGAAUUGCGCUGUGGCACCGCUGGGAACAGCCACGGCGAGCCGGAUCCGGGGAUCCACCUGCCGGUGCGGUGGGAGGUGGUGGAUUCCUGUGGGAGCCACUCCCUGCUGGACUGCUUCAACAGGACCAGCUCCCGGGGGAAAACGCCUGCCUUCGUCACCUGCUCAGAUUCCCAGCCGCGGGCCCUGCGGAGGCUGGCGGCCGGCCCCACUCCCUGUGAAGGGGACAUCCAGGUAUUCCACGCAGGACGGUGGCGGGAUCUGUGUGACUCCGGAGCAGCGCGGCGAGCCGAGCGUGGCCGGCAGAUCUGCCGGGAGCUGGGCUGCGGGAAUCUCACUUCCAGCACGGAAAUCCGGGAGCCUCCCUCGACGGGAGUCACCUGUGGGAUCGGCCCCCUGCACCUCUGCCAGCCCAAGCUCGGGAACAUCCGGAGCUGCUCCCGGACCAGAGUCGUGUGCCAGGAUUCGAAGCCGCUUCCUGCCGGGACAUCCGCUGGAACCGUUGUGAGCAUCUGCCUGGCGCUGCUGCUCUUCCUCAUCCUUGUCCUGAUCUGUGGCCCUCCUGCCUACCGGAAGCUGAUGAAGAGAAUCUCCAAGAAGAAGCAGCGCCAGUGGAUCGGCCCCACGGGAGUCAACCAGACGGUGUCUUUCCACCGCUCCAGCACAGCGCCGAGGCCUCGGGGACACGGAGGGGACAACGACUACGCUCAGCCCCCCCCGAAGAGCUCCCAGCUCUCCGCUUAUCCAGCUCUGGAAGCAGCGUGCCGGCGUUCCAACCCCCCAGAUAACUCCUCGGACAGCGACUACGACCUGCACUCCGCCCGCAGGGUGUGAUUCCCUGCUUCCCAAAGGAGCUGAUCCCUUUGGGGGGGAUAUCCUGGCAUUCCAGAGCCCUUCCAGGAGCGCUUCCCAGCCUCCUCGUGGGAGAAAAGGAGGCUUUUGGGGUUCUUUUAAAGCUAUUUAUAGGAAUUUAAGAGGCAGGUGGGGUGCAAGGAGCCCUUUGGAAUAGUGGGAUCACCAGCUUCUCCAAACCAGGAUAAAGAGUUGGGAUGAUGGAUAAAGGAGAGGGACGCAAGGGUGGGAAUACUGGGAACAAGUCCGAGAUAUUUAACGACCAAGAAGUAGAAUAAAAUUCGGGUUUUGUACUAA